UGUAUUCUUCCGGGUUGGGAUCCAGCGACAACAACACGUUCCCGAGUCGAGGAAAAGCGGAUUAAAGUCCCUCUGAGAGGCGAGAGAUGGCGGGGGAGGUGGAAGACGACAUUCCCGAAUCGGGAGCAGUUUUCACUUUCGGAAAAAGCAAAUUUUCAGACAACGUUCCCAGUAAGUUUUGGUUAAAAAAUGACGUCCCGCUGAAACUGUCCUGUGGAGAUGAGCACACCGCCUUCAUCACAGAGAAUGGGAAGCUGUUUGUGUUCGGCAGUAAUAACUGGGGCCAGCUGGGUUUGGGCUCCAAAGCCACUGUGAACAAACCCACUUGUGUCAAAGCUCUGAAAUCGGAAAGAAUCCACCUAGUGGCUUGUGGGAGGAAUCACACACUUGUGUGCACAGUCGAUGGGAAACUUUUUGCAAGUGGUGGAAACGGUGAGGGGCAACUCGGGAUCGGAGACUGCGAAGAACGCUCCACUUUCCAUAGAAUCAACUUCCCCUCCCAUGGACCAAUCAGAUCGCUUGCUGCUGGCUCCAAUACUUCCGCCGCACUCACAGAAAAUGGGAAGCUGUUCAUGUGGGGCGAUAACUCGGAGGGUCAGAUUGGGCUGGGCAAACAGAGCCACGCCUCCACCCCUCAGGAGGUGUGUGUGGGACGACGUGUGAGCGACGUGUCCUGUGGCUACUACCACUCCGCCCUCAUCACAGAUGACGGGGGCCUGUACAUGUUUGGGGAGAGAGACUGUGGUAAGCUGGGUCUAAGCACAGAUCAGCUGGCAGGACACAGACUCCCCCAGAGAGUCAAAGCCAUCACAGACCCAGUGAGACAAGUGUGCUGCGGAGGAGGCCAUACUGUAGCACUAACAGAUGAGGAUGUGUACACUUUCGGCCUGGGUCAGUACGGGCAACUGGGACACGGUACUUUUAUAUUCGAGUCUCGACUUCCUCGUCAUGUGGAACAUUUUAAAAAAGGACGAGUCUGUGACGUGAGCUGCGGCGAGAACCACACGGCUCUCAUCACAGACAGUGGUUUGCUGUACACUUUUGGAGAUGGCCGACACGGGAAGCUGGCUCUUGGAGAGGAGCACUUCACAAACCAGUUCAAGCCCACACUGUGUCCGCGCUUCCUCAAGUUCAAUGUCCGAGCAGUGUCGUGUGGUGGAUGUCACAUGGUGGUUUUAGCACGACCCAGGCAGGACUCUGAGAUGGAGCUGAGUUUGGAGGAAGACGACAGCACAGAGGAGUUUUUGGAGAAGCCCUACGUGGAGCUGUUAGGCCACACCACGGACUCCUCCUGCCUGAACAAAAGCCUCUCUGCUCGGGUGCGCCGUCGCGAUAGGGAGAAAUCCCCAGAUCAGUUUGGAUCUAUUUUUCGAAGUCUUCCCAUGUCUGUGACCACAACCGGGCUCCUACCUCCUCCCUCGACCAAUCAGACGUUUCUCCAGCCUCCGUCAGCCAAUCAGAGGCACCGAUCGUCCGCAGAAGAAAAGAGAAAGGUGCAGAGCGGCACACGGCAGCAGGCUGAGACAGCCAGUAUUGCCGAGAGCUUUAUGGACACAGAGAGCGUGGCUGGUUUGGGGGAAACCACAGACUUCCUCAACAUGACUCAUGUGAUGGCAAUGGAUGCUAGUGAUAAAACGCUCACCCUGUCUCCAGUUCAGAAGAGGUGGCGCCAGAGGGAUUCAGAAGAGCAGGGGGGAACAAGAGAAGAGCAAGAGGAGAAUGAGGAUGGAGAAGAAGAGGAGGAAGAGGAGGAGGAGGAGGAGGAGAGAGAUGAAGAGGAGCCCAGAACAGACGAGAGCUUGGACGAAUCAGGGCAAACUCCCGUUCAGGAAGCAAAAUCUGACGAGGAAGAGUCUACUACAGAGGAAGAGCAGCAAGAAACGGAUGCGCCUGAAGAAGUAAAACCCAAAGAGGAAGAGCAAAGCGAUGAGAUCGUCCAACCGACCAAUGAGACGACAGAGGGCACUGCUAACAGCCAAUCAGGACUCUCCAAAAAGCUGUCUCUGUUCAGAAAGCUGUCCUUCUCUCGCUCGAAGCAGUCCAGUGAUAAGGACCAGCCUGCUACUCCAGACCUCCCUCCUGCUCCUGUGUCUAGCUCAGCAGCGAGCGCUUUCAGUGGGGACAUGCCGCCAGCACAGGCCCCUGAUGCUGGAGACAGAGAGAGCAAGGGCACAGCGAACAGAGCUCUGCCCAGGAGGAACACCACAUCUGGGGCUUGUGCGCUGCUCUGAGCCUCUGGACGUGUCUGG